AACCAUCUCCUCGCUAUCUAGCCGCAGCUCUGGAAAGUUCGCUGAGUCGAUUCAGUUUCCAGUGGCGGGGCCGGAGGUUAUAUAAACGCGUCGUACAGCCUGUCCGUGGAUUAUAAAACACAUUUAACAGCCACGAAUCGCCACUAACACGCCUUCGAGGCUUCUAGAAGACCAAACGCGUUCUCGUCAGUGAUAUUAAAUCAGUUUAUACGUGCAGACGUCGAGUCCUCACUGAUAUCUGUGGAGGGCAGACACGAGGAGACUUAAUCUACUUCAGACUCACUUUGAGGGAAAUAAACUCGUAAUACAUCAGAUAUGACUGCUGAAGAGGUGGUGAAUGAUGGCUCCAGCAUCCCCAUCGAGGGGGAAGACAUCACCCCGAAGAAAGAUGGAGGUGUUUUAAAGCUGGUUAAGGUGGAGGGUACGGGCACUGAGUUGCCUAUGACCGGUGAUAAAGUAUUCGUGCACUAUGUCGGUACGCUGCUGGAUGGCACACAGUUCGACUCCAGCCGUGAUCGAGGGGAGAAGUUUUCAUUUGAACUGGGGAAAGGUCAGGUUAUCAAAGCAUGGGACAUUGGUGUGGCCACGAUGAAGAUUGGUGAAAUCUGUCAGUUGAUUUGCAAACCUGAGUACGCCUAUGGAGCUGCUGGCAGCCCACCCAAAAUCCCACCCAACGCUACCCUUCUGUUCCAGGUGGAGUUGUUUGAGUUUCGUGGGGAGGACCUCACUGAAGAUGAAGAUGGUGGAAUCAUUCGAAGGAUCAUCAAUAAGGGGGAAGGUUACACAAAACCUAAUGAGGGAGCGACUGUAGAAGUGUGUUUGGAGGGCUCUCACGAGGAGCGUGUCUUUGAUGAGCGCGAGCUGAAGUUUGAAGUGGGAGAUGGUGAGAGUUUAGGUUUGCCUCCAGGUGUGGAGAAAGCCCUGCAGGCUAUGGAGCAGGGAGAGGAGUCGCUCUUCACCAUUAAACCAAAGUAUGGCUUUGGAGCUGCUGGCAGCGAUAAAUUCAACAUUCCUCCUGGUGCUACCCUGCAGUACAAAAUCAAACUGAACGCGUUUGAGAAGGCCAAAGAGUCAUGGGAAAUGAACUCGUUUGAGAAACUGGAACAGAGCGUCAUCGUCAAAGAGAAAGGAACUCAGUAUUUUAAGGAAGGGAAAUACAAGCAAGCAGCCGUGCAAUAUAAACGCAUCGUAUCCUGGCUUGAAAGUGAAUCCAGUCUGCAGGGGGAAGAGGAAGAGAAAGCCAAAGCACUGCGAUUGGCUGCUUACCUUAACCUGGCUAUGUGCUACUUGAAACUGCAUGAGCCAAGUCCUGCCCUUGACAACUGUGACAAGGCACUGGAGCUGGACUCAAAUAAUGAGAAGGCUUUGUUUAGACGUGGAGAGGCGCUGGUGGUCAUGAAGGAGUUUGACAGGGCGAGAGAGGAUUUCCAGCGCGUCACUCAGUUGUAUCCAGCCAAUAAAGCUGCAAAGAGUCAGAUCGUGCUUUGCCAGAAACACAUCAAAGCGCAACACGAGAAGGACAAACGUCUGUAUGCCAACAUGUUUCAGAAGUUUGCAGAGAGAGACGCCAAAAAGGAGGCAGAGCAGGAAAAGAAACCAAAUGGUAGCGUGAUGGAAAUAGAUGAAAACACGCCCCAAGAACAAACUGCAGCGUAAUAGCGUGCUUGUGUUUGUUUGUAUUAUGUACUGUCUACUGUUUUGUUUUUUUUGUACCUUCUAUAAUUAUGUCCUAUUUGAAAUGACUGUUUGUGUGAGUGUGGACGCUUACGUUUCUUAUCAAGGUAUCAAAUGGUUUUCUUUCCUACCGUGGCCAGACCUUUACGGCCAGAGUGUGCACUCGCAUGGGAUUGCACACGUGUGUAAAUGUUUGCGUGUGCGUUACUGUAAGGCAGCUAGUCGGCCGGGCUGUGUUCUCGACGUCAUUGACAGAAGGUGGAAACUCAACUUUCAGCCAAUAGCCUGAACUGCAGCUUCUCCUGAAACAAAGUCGCUCUGCUGUAAAAUAAUGCGCUUCUGCCUUGUCAUUAAGCCUCACGUGCAUGGAAAAUGAUUGCCAGGGCAAAAGACUUUCGUUUGAUGUUUUGCUCUGAUUUGAUUGGUAUCAUUUCCACUGUUAAACUCGCAACAUUUAAAAUGUAUGAAUUAUGACAACUGGAAACCUUUCUGAGGCGUUUUACUGGAGGAAACCCAACCGAACAUGCUUCUGUGCGUCUGUGUUUAUCCACUUCAGUGUGAAAUCAUUUGAUGGUGGAUGUCAUGAGUUAAAGGGCUGAGAAAUUUAUAAUCUUAAAAUAGGAGAGAUACUGGUCUUGAACCUGCAGUCUUAAAAAGACAUUUUUCAAUACAAGAUCAUUUGUCACAAUCAUGCACACUGUAAUAUUGUAGCUGUAAUGAGAAGGAUGGAAUAUUUGGGGAUUUAUAUCAUUGUAAAAGAGGCUUGUUUGACCCUGCAGUCAUGUACGAUAGAAGUGAUACCAGGGUAACCAACCAUACUGUAGUGUAAAUUUUGCAGGUUGAAGAGAUACAGAUCUGUUCUGUUCCCGUGUCCUUGAUGCUUUUCUGAUGUUAAGAACAAUAAAACAAACGCAAUCCGGCUGUUU